GUUUCACACUACGAUUUCAUGGACAUUUGGUAACACUCUGGAAACUCUCACAGCUGAUGGGGUCGAUCGCAGCAAGAAGGGUUCUAAGAAGGAAGCUGUGCGGAAGCUCAUGAGGACACUGCCACAGCAUGAGAAAAGUCUCGGCGUUAUGUGGAAACAAAUGGCCGGCACUCUGGCCAAGCUGUUAGGA